UUGAUUUCCUUGCAUUGGUGUAGAACGAUUGAUUUAUUUGGCUGUGUGGUGCGAGUUGAGAACCCAUGAAGUUGUAGUUUUAUCGCGGAAAUAGGGGCGUACAAUCAUCAUGUUUUCGUACCGUAUGGUGGUAGUCCUUUAUACUCAAUGGUUAUGGCGGGUGGGUAGAGUGUGUGGUAAACUGCUGUGCAAGACGACCAGGCAUGUUGGGUUGCUUUCUUUAUUGGAGACACAAUGCAACACUCAUCUAGUGGGGUUGAUGUAUCAACCCAAGGUGUAUCCCACAUAGUAUGUGAUACAGCAGCAUCAUCAGCUGAAUCUGACGAGAGUAAGCCACCAAUACAAGCAGUCACUACUACAUCCUCAGCUGCUGCUGCUGUAACUGAAGAUAUUCAAGCUCAAUUAGAGAAAGAUAAGAGAUUAAUAUAUGGGCAUCCAUUGUUUCCUUUGAUGGCUCAAUUGUUUGAAAAGUGUGAGCAAGCAACCCAAAGUACUGACCCCCCGACCUCAGCAAGCUUUGAUGUAGAUAUUGAGGAGUUUGUGCAUAGGCAAGACAGACAAGGAAAACCAUUUUUUAGCAAUGAUCCAGAAAUUGAUAAUUUGAUGGUAAAGGCAAUACAGGUACUACGCAUCCAUCUCUUGGAAUUAGAAAAAGUGAAUGAACUAUGUAAAGACUUCUGCCAUCGCUAUAUUACAUGCCUAAAGGGGAAAAUGCACAGUGACAUUCUACUCCGAGAUGAAAGACAACCAGGUUCAUCAUUUACACAGGGUCAAUUAGCACAGGAUGUACAAGGCUCAUCACAGGGCUCUGAUAUGACCCCACCCCAUCAAUUAACACAACAGGUACAAAUACAGGUCCAAGCUUCACCUCAGCAAGUUCAACCUGUCUCUGCUACAUCAGUCGCUGGAGGUGCUUAUAUCUUACAACAACCAAAUACACAGCCAGUUCAAACCCCUUCAACUCAGCAGCUGCAGCAAGCACAAUUCCAGACCAUGCUAAACUCAGCUGGACAAGUUGUCUAUGCACCAGUCAUUCCACAGGGGGUAAUGGCACAACAAGGAUUAGUCACUCAGGCUAUUCCAGGAACUGUGCAGUUACAGAGUACCCCUCAACAGCAGCAGCAGCAACAACAACAGACAGUAGCAGCGCCCUCUAUGGUUCCAGUAAUCCAUGGCUCUACACCUAUUUCUCAUAUUGGCAUCCAGUCUUCAGUUCCCUCAUCACAACAUCAAACAGUGACAUCAUUAGCUUAUGCUACAGCUACUGCUACUGCUGGGGAAGAGUUUGAUGAAAUGAAUGAACUAUUAAAUAAAAGGAAACCAAAGAGAGGAGUCCUACCUAAGCAUGCUACAAACAUUAUGAGGUCAUGGCUGUUCCAACACAUAGUGCAUCCAUAUCCAACAGAAGAUGAGAAGAGGAUGAUUGCUGCUCAGACCAACCUCACGUUACUUCAAGUCAAUAACUGGUUUAUUAAUGCCAGAAGGAGAAUACUACAACCCAUGUUAGAUGCAAGCAAUCCAGACCCCAGUACCAAGACUAAGAAAGUCAAGACACAGAGUCGACCAUCUACUCAAAGAUUCUGGCCAGAGUCAUUAGCAAAUCUUGGAUCACCGAUCACAACAAGAACAGGCAGUGAUAUGACAACAUCAGCACUUAGUUCAUCAGUACCAGUGGAACAAAUCACAUUAUCAGGGGAGACACUCUCAUCAAUAGUACGGGUUCAUCAGUCUUCAGCUUCUCCACAGCUAGAGAGCCUAGUUUCUAAUGGGGAGGGUGUCCCCCUGGAUGAUGAUAUAGGCGAUGAAUCUGAGAUGUCAUCUAAUGAUGGUGUGACGGGUAUAGACAGUGACGAGGACUCAUCGUGAAGGAUACUCUCAUCAUAUGAUGGUGUGAUGGGUAUAGACAGUGACGAGGACUCAUCGUGAAGGAUACUCUCAUCAUAUGAUGGUGUGAUGGGUAUAGACAGUGACGAGGACUCAUCGUGAAGGAUACUCUCAUCAUAUCACAAUCACUCCUAAAGUUUUCCAUCAUUAUUGCUAUUCCAGCAGCUUGCUUUAAAUCAUACACUUUACCAGGGCUGCACUCUACACUUUAAUAUGUGCCAUAUACAUGCAUGUAGUUAGCCUUUUGUCAAUGCCUUGGUGGCUUGGACAGCUUCGCAGAGCCUCGGUCCCAAGCGACUGGAACG